GGGGUCAGACUUCAUGAAAGGGGAACUCAGGUGGGGGGUUCUGGCUCCUUUACGGGAGGGGCAGACCCCUGAAGGGAGGAGGUGUGGCGGGAUCGGGGCCCCUCUCCAGCAGGGUCAGGCUCCCUCAGCAUGGCCCUUGUAGCGCUGCCUGUUGCAGCUGGCGCACCAAGCCAGCCUUCUCCCUACCCGCUGGGAGCAGCGGCAGUGUGUUUGCUGGUUACAGGCUGGGGCCAGGACUCCUGGGUUCUCUCCCUGGCUGUGCAGGGAGUCAGCCUGUUGAGCAGGCGGAGACCCACAACUCCUGGAUUCUGUUCCUGACUCUGCCACAGCCGCCUGCUCCCCUCUGAGCUGCAGCUUCUCCAGCUCUGCAAAGGGGGCGAUCAUGCUGCCUCCCCUCCCAGGGCCGUGUGAGGCUUAAGUCACUGAGGCAUGUAAAGAUCACCAAUAUGAAAAGUGCUGGAUAUCAUCAUUGGUGGGACGGUGCAGCCCAAGGAGAGGGCAGGUUCCUGCGAUACAAUCAACUUAUUUAUACAGCACUUUUUCUACAACAUGGAAGGCAAACUACUCCACAGGCUCCAUCAAUAACAGGGCAAGAGAACAUCAGGGGCAGGACUUCAGGGUUAAGCCCAACUGCCCCCCAAAUUCUGCAUCCUGUCCAUGCCUGUGUUAAUAACGAUCCCUGGCUUUUAGAGAGCCGUUGCAUCGGUGGAUCUCACAGCACCUUGCAGACAAGGUUUGUUUCUGGCUGGCAGAGGUGAUGCCAUUGAAAGCAGCCGCGUGACUGCCCCGGCCCCACCAUGCCCUUUUCCGACUUUGUCUUAGCGCUGAAGGACAAUCCCUACUUCGGGGCUGGCUUUGGCCUGGUAGGGGUGGGCACGGCUCUGGCUUUGGCCCGGAAGGGGGCCCAGUUUGGGGCGGUUGCUUUUCGCCGACACUACAUGAUCACCUUGGAGGUGCCCAGCAAGGACAAGAGCUACCAGUGGCUGCUGAGCUGGAUCUCGCACUAUGCCAAGCACACGCAGCACCUCAGUGUGGAGACCUCGUACCUGCAGCACGAGAGCGGGCGCAUCAGCACCAAAUUCGACUUUAUCCCCAGCCCUGGGAACCACUUCAUCUGGUAUCGGAGGAAGUGGAUCCGCAUCGAGCGGAACCGAGAGAAGCAAAUGAUUGACCUGCACACAGGGACCCCCUGGGAAUCAGUGACGUUCACAGCCCUGGGCACCAAGCGGGAGAUCUUCUUCAACAUCCUCCAGGAAGCCAGGGAACUGGCUCUGAGGCAGCAGGAGGGGAAGACAGUCAUGUACACGGCCAUGGGUGCCGAAUGGCGGCCGUUUGGGUUCCCGCGCCGCCGCCGGCCGCUCGCCUCCGUGGUGCUGGAGAAGGGGAUCUCGGAGAAGAUCGUGCAGGACGUAAAGGAGUUCAUCAAUAACCCCCAGUGGUACAGUGAGAGAGGAAUCCCGUACAGGAGGGGAUAUUUGCUUUACGGGCCCCCGGGCUGUGGGAAAAGCAGCUUCAUCACGGCCCUGGCCGGGGAGCUGGAGUACGGCAUCUGCCUGCUGAGCCUGAGCGACCGCAGCCUCUCCGAUGAUCGCCUCAACCAUCUCCUCAGCGUGGCGCCGCAGCAGAGCAUCAUCCUCCUGGAGGACGUGGACGCGGCCUUCGUCAGCCGGGACCUCGCUGCGGAGAACCCAACUGCCUACCAGGGCAUGGGACGGCUGACCUUCAGCGGCCUCCUCAACGCGCUGGAUGGCGUCGCCUCCACGGAGGCCAGGAUCGUCUUCAUGACCACCAACCACGUUGACAGGUUGGACCCAGCCCUGGUGCGCCCUGGCCGGGUGGAUCUGAAGCAGUACGUGGGACCCUGCUCCCGCUGGCAGAUUUCCCGCAUGUUCCAGCGCUUCUACCCAGACCAGCCAGCGGCUGCUGGGGAGAAGUUUGCAGAGCAGGCCCUGCGUGUCGCGGAGCAGAUCAGCGCCGCCCAGGUGCAGGGCCACUUCAUGCUGUAUAAAGCAGACCCAGCCGGGGCCAUUGAAAACGUGCAGUCGAUUUCGCUGUGACCGAGGGUGGGCGCCCUCACAGGGGAGGGGCUUGCAGCGCCACUGCUGGGAGUGACUCAUGGCGGACUCGAUCACCGUGAGGCUGCUGCUCUGGGCCAGUCCCAUGGAGCCGCUCGCUCUUGUUUCACUACCUCAACAAGGCCUUGGGUGUCUAUUAAAAUAUAAAGAGAACUAGGACACUCUGAUUCCCCCGGUCGCAGUGCAGUGUCCAGCGUGAUCGCGCCUCCCCAGACGCAGCUGCUAGUGCGCAGGACCCAGCUGUGCUGGAAAUGCCAGGGCAUUCUGAGCCUGCUAAUCACAUGGCCAUAACCCACCCCCUCCGCGGCUCUCGGCCCACUGUGCCCCCGGGGAGGGAGUGAAAGAGUGAAGAGAUAAUAGAGACGGAAGCUGGAGAUGACGCCUGGCUCGGCUCUGGAGCAUAAUAUUUGCCAGCUGCCUUUGAAUGUUCUCUGUCAAUACAGCACAGUGUGAAGCAGGGUGACAGUGCCCUACCAAGCACUGGGUGGGGCCUUCUGUCUUCCAGGUGCUUUGCGAACUCUGUACGUGCAGGUAUUGUUAGAGUGCUCUGUGCUGGGGGAGCUGCCGGGGGCCCCAGCCCUGGCCCAGGAGCCAGUGGCGCCACAAACCCAGAACAAGAUGACAGUUCCUGUCCCAGAUAGUCCCUGGCCCAAGGAGCUCACAGGCUAAGCACGUCCGCUGUGCCUAGGAAGUGGUGCCCUUUGGUUUUCACUGGCGCAGACCCGGUCACUGCAUGCGCUCACAAGGACCCAAGUUCAUGGGAAUCUUUCCAUCCCCAGCAGCGGAUCAGGCUCCCAGAUAGGCUUUUUCUGACUCACGUGAGCUGUCCCUGCUGUGGUAUUAUCUCCAUUGGGGGUUUGAUCUCUGUCCCUGUGUAGCUGAGCUGUGCGCAUGGCGGGGGGUUCAGUACCUGCUGAACCCCUUGUGCGGUGCCCCCUCUCCCCCCGGGGUGGCAGCUGCUGCCGUAAAUACUGAGGUCACUUCAGUUUUCCUUGGCGCGAAGCUCACUGGGUGCCUGGAGCGGGAGAUCCCUAUGAGACGUGGAACCGCUCCCUGGGCAGCUGGGCCACCAUCUUCAGGUGUGGUGAGGGGCAGGCCAGGCCUGUGGGGGAGCCAGGAAGACCCAUGAUAACAUUGCUAGUGUCUCCCUCCCCACUUCCUGGGCCCUUCCGUUGACCCUGUCCACAGGGACCCUCGCCUGGGGGUCUCACUAAGCCCUGCUCAGAGGGGGUCGGGUAUCUCAGCUGUGACUAGUUCAAUCGUCUGAGUGCUGCUUUGGUGCAGCCAUUCCUCUUGGACUGCGACGCUCCUCUGAGCACAGUGCACAGGAAGAUGGGGUGUGUGAGA